UUGGCAGUCGGUGCGCAGACAAGCCGAGAUGGUGGCUGCGCGGGGAGGGUGGGGAACUGCAGCCGCGGGUGCAAAAAAAGGGGUGCAUCGGGGUUGGGGUUCCUAAGGAAAGAGGGGGGCAGAGGGCACAAGCCUGCAUUCAGCCCCUCUUCCCCAAGCGGGCAUCCUCGAGGAAGAAGUUCUUUGGAGUGAGAAAGAUGCUCCCAUUUUUUUUCUGUAGGUGAAAAGCUCUGAAGUCGUCUCUGCCUUGUAAGUACCACUCUGAACUUGCCCAAACUUGGACUCAGACCCCCUCCUCGGUCAUGUCUGCAGAAAGAAACCGGUGCUGGGCUGGGAAGUCGAGCGGUUGAGCAGAGCCAAGGUGGAAAUGGCGGCCGAGCGACAGGAGGCGUCCUCUGUGGGCCUCCACCCUUACGAAACCAGGGUAGAAAAAGGAGUCAAAAUGGAGGAGCUUGAGAGAAAUGGCCUUGCGCUGGCCGGCCCGACCCGAUUCAGGAAGAGCCCUUACGUCAUCCAGACUUUCACCAUCGGGGAGCAUUUUAGCCGGAUGACAGCCAAGCCAACGGAGCGGGAUGUGGAAGAGGGGAUGCUGUCGCCAUGUUGGGAAGCCCAGUGGCGAGACAUCCUGAAGAACAGACAGUCCCCGUGUUCGGGGUGGAGCAACCCCCAGAUCCCGGGAGUUCUGGCUCCUGCUGAAACCGGUGAACAGCCCCUCCAGGAAGAGGCAGGUGGGCUUCUGCCGCGAGAGAGGCCUCUCAAGGCCAGCCUGGAUGCGGACCCCGCAGAGCAGGGGGAGGAUGGAGAGGUGAAGGGAGAGGGCCAGGCCGAGGAGACCCCCAGCGCGGAGCUGCAUCGGCAGCACUUCCGGUGGUUUUGCUACCAAGAGGCGGAGGGGCCUUGGGACGUCUGCACCCGGCUGCGGGAGCUGUGCCUCAACUGGCUGCAGCCGGAGCUGAAUUCGAAGGAGCGGAUGGUGGAGCUGGUGGUCCUUGAGCAGUUCUUAGCCAUCUUGCCUGAGGACAUCCAGGGCUGGGUUGGAGAAAGUGGGCCGGAGACCUGUGCCCAGGCGGUGGCCUUGGUGGAAGACUUCCUGCUGAGGCAGCAAGAGACUGAGAGGUGGAAACAGGAAGUGCUGGGAGAGUUUGAAGAAGUAGCGAUGAGUUUUUCGAGGGACGAUGACGCUGGCGAAAAACAACCUUGCCGGGAAAUCAAGCAGGAGCAAGCCAAUUGGUUGGAUAAGUGGGAGAGUGAGGAUGAAGAGGCUGUGUUUGAAGUGUUACUGGAAAAAGCUGAGACUCAAGUCCUGGAAGAGAACUUUGGAGAACAAGCGGCACCACGGUGGGAGCAGCGAUUCCCCACAGACAAGAGAAGAAACAACGCCAUUCUCGAUGAGAGCGGGAUCUCCGGCAAACGUGUCUUGGAGGACAAGGCGCACGCAGGAAAGCGGAGACACCUGUGCGCUGUUUGCGGGAAGGGCUUCACUCAAAAAUCGAACCUCAACAGGCAUCAGAGAACCCAUGUGGGAGGAAAGACAUUCCAGUGCUCAAAAUGCGGGAAAAGCUUCAAGUGGGAGACCAGCUUUAUGCGACACCAGCGCUUCCAUACCGGCGAGAAGCCUUAUCCCUGCGUGGACUGUGGGAAAUGUUUCAGUCGGAGCGCCAAUCUCAUCAUUCAUCAGAGGAUUCACACCGGCGAGAAACCCCACCAGUGCGCAGACUGCGGGCAGAGUUUUAGCCAGGUCUCCAAUCUUGUUCGACACCACCGAGUCCACACCGGGGAGAAGCCUUACAAAUGCCUGGAAUGCGAGAAGAGCUUCACUCAGAAAUCGAACCUCGUCAAGCAUCAGAGCGUCCAUUUGGGGGACAAGCCGCCUCGGCGCUCCGUGAACGGGAAGAGCCUGGCUCAGAGGUCAAAUCGUCAGAGACGGGAUAAGGGUUCCCUCGGAGAAAACCCCUGUCAGUGCUUCAAGUGCGGGAAAAUCUUCUCCCGGAGAGGCAACCUCCUUAGGCAUCAGAGCAUCCACACAAAAGACAAGCCGCACAAGUGUCUCGAGUGCGGGAAGCGGUUCAACCAGAGGACCAACCUGAACGCACAUCAGAGGAUCCACACUGGGGAGAAACCUUACCGUUGUCCGGACUGUGGGAAAAGCUUCCGCUGGAGAGCUCACCUGAUCAUCCACAAGCGGUUGCACACCGGCGAGAAGCCGCACAAGUGUGCCGACUGCGGGCAGGGUUUCAGCCAGCGGUCCAACCUGGUGAGGCAUCUCCGAACCCACACGGGGGAGAAGCCGUACAAGUGCUCCGAGUGCGAGAAGAGCUUCGGCCAGAAAUCCAACUUGAUCAAGCAUCAGAAGAUUCACACGGGGGAUAACGCGCCCCAUCAGCCGAGCGGUCUGGUCAGACAGGACCAAACGGGAGAGGAACCCUAUCCGUGUUUCCGGUGUGGGAAAGUAUUCAGCCGCAGGGGGAACCUUCGGAGACACCAGAGCAUCCACACCCGGGAAAAACCUCACAAAUGCUCCGACUGUGGGAAGAGAUUCAACCAGAGGGCAAACCUCAUCAGCCAUCAGAGGAUUCACACCGGGGAAAAACCUUUCACCUGUCUUGACUGUGGGAAGAGUUUUCGGCAGAGCCCGCACCUCAUUAAACAUCAGAAAGUCCACGCGGAGGAGAGGGCUUCAUACCACAGUGUGGAUCUUGGGGUGGGCCUCAGCCUUGAGCCGGGCCACAGGACCCACGAGAGGAUCUCGCCAAGAGACAAUCCGUAUCAGUGCCUGAAGUGUGGGAAGUUGUUCAACUGGCAGUCGAAUUUCAUCCGGCAUCAAAAAAUCCACGCCGGCGAAGAACCUCGCCAGUGCUUGGAUUGCGGGAAGACGUUCAAUCGGAGGAAGAACUUUGUGGCUCACCAGAGGAUCCACACAAAAGAGAAGCCCUAUCAGUGCAGCGAGUGCGGCCAGACCUUCACGUGGGAAGCGCACCUGGUGAUCCAUCAAAGAAUCCACACGGGAGAGAAACCUCACCUCUGCACCGAGUGCGGGCAGAGUUUCAGCCAGAGAUCCAAUCUCAUCCGGCAUCAGAGGAUCCACACGGGAGAGAAACCCUACGCCUGCUCGGAGUGCGGCCAGAGUUUUACGCAAAGGACACACCUUGUGGUGCACCAGAGAAUCCACACCGGGGAGAAACCGCAUAAGUGUGUGGAGUGCGGGCAAGGCUUCAGCCAAAGGGCGCACCUGAUUGUCCAUCGGAGAAUCCACACGGGAGAGAAGCCGUAUCGAUGCGUGGACUGCGGACAAGGCUUCUGCCAAAGAUCUAAUCUUACCAGACAUCAGAGGUCCCACGACUGUGAGAAACAAAAAUAGGGAAAGGGAAAGGAAUACCGCUGGAGGACUGUGCUGAGCCUCAGUCCACCCAAGCAUGGGGGGGGGGGAGGGAGAAUGGUAACGUUCAGUUGGUAAAGGACAUUUGGGGGACAGAUUUGGAUCUUUACGGAAGGAUCCGCCAAGGACAGAGCCUCAACUAUAAAAUAUACAGAUGUGUGAAACAGCUUGAGGACACCGAUCAGAUUAACAGGGACCCCCGUCUUCAAAAUGGCUACUGAUGUCUUGACAUUUACAGCAGUGUUUCUCACGAUUAUUGUUGUAAGGCCAUGUUUUUCAACCUUAGCAACUUUUUAAGAUAUGUGGACUUCACUUCCCAGGAUUCCCUAGCCCACGGGUAGGCCACCUUGACUCUUUUAUGACUCGUGGACUUCAACUCCCAGAAUUCCUGAGCCAGCAUGGCUCAGCUUGGAAACCUCUCCCUCUCCCCUCAGCAUGGCUGGCUGAGGAAU